UCCAUUUCUAAAGAUAUAGCGGCGAAGACGAUGUCGGACGAAGUCGUAGACGUACCCGAGGCGAGCCUGCGCAACCUGGUGGCGCAGAAGUCGCUACAGUGGAUCUUCGUAGGCGGCAAAGGUGGCGUGGGCAAGACCACCACGUCCUGCUGCCUAGCCAUCCAGCUGGCGGCGCAACGCGAGAAGGUCCUCAUCGUGUCCACGGACCCCGCGCACAACCUCAGGUGAAUCUAGCCUGCCUACCUCUCCCUUUAUGCAAUAAUAACAACCUCCUCUACAUUGCAGUGAUGCCUUUGGCCAGAAGUUCACGCGCGAGCCGACGCCUGUCAAUGGUUUCUCCAAUCUGGCAGUCAUGGAGAUCGACCCCAACGUGGAUCUGGAAGAAAUGAACGCCGACGGCGUGCAGGACAACUCGGGCAUGGCCUCGUUCAUGAAAGACCUUACCAACUCCAUCCCUGGUAUCGACGAGGCCAUGAGCUUCGCUGAGCUCAUGAAGCAGGUCCAGAACAUGGACUACUCGGUAAUUGUGUUCGAUACGGCCCCCACGGGCCACACGUUGCGUCUACUGAGCUUUCCUACUGCGCUGGACAAGGCUUUCGACAAGAUCCUGUCGCUCAAGAACCAGUUCUCGGGUAUGUUCUCGCAGGUCUCGGCGCUGCUAGGCGGCGCUCUGCCGUCACAGGAAAUGCUACUGGGCAAGCUGGAACAGACGCGCGAGGUCAUUCAGAAGGUGAACGCGCAGUUCAAGGACCCGGAGCGCACUACCUUCGUGUGCGUGUGCAUCCCCGAGUUCCUGUCGCUGUAUGAGACCGAGCGACUCGUGCAGGAGCUCACGAAGUACGAGAUCGACGUGCACAACGUCGUGGUGAACCAGGUGCUGUACCCGGAGGAAGGAUCGACGUGUAAGAGCUGUAGCGCCCGCCAGAAGAUGCAGCAGAAGUACAUUGACCAGAUCUACGACUUGUACGAGGAUUUCCACGUGGUGGAGAUGCCGCUACUGACCGAGGAGGUACGUGGCGUGCCGUCGCUCAAGGCCUUCUCCGAGAACCUACUGGCACCGUAUGAGCCCAACCAGUAGCGACAUCAUAAGCAUUUGCUGAGAGAUAAAAGCUGCUUCAGUGAAGAGUCUAGAGCUUGAUCCUAUUCGCUGUCACUAUAAUCUGCCACUAAGCUUGCUACAGGUUUGGCAGGCGUCUUGGCCUUAGCUUUCUUCUUCUUGGCGACUACAGUCGUUUUCUUCUUGAUUGUCACGGCCAGCUUAAGUGACGGCGUGGCUGUUGUAUCGUCACGUUUCGAAGAGGCAAGUCCAGUUGACGGCUUGGCCUCCUCGCCAGCGUCACUUACUGGUCUUUUGAGC